AUAAUUGGUAUUUCAAACCCAAUUGGUUUAAGCAAAUCGAAAAUGGUGUGAUCGGAAAACAAGCAUGGUAGAUUCCUAACUCUGACAAGCGAUUCCGCCUUCGACUUCACCACCGACGCGGCGGCCUCAACGCCGACGAAGACUACACCUUCCGACACGCCCCAAGCUUGGGCCCAAAUGGAUGAAUGUAAACCAAAUUCACAAGAAACUAGAUUACAUCAAAAUGCAGAAUGUUGGUAAAAUUGCCUUCUAUGCAACCGGACCGAACCGGACAAUAUUAUUCAGUGCAUUCGAUGAUAAACUCUUCCUCCAAUCCAAAUAUGUGGCUUGGUCUGGAGUCUAGCAGCUGCUUACCUAACCUAUUUGUCAGUCAUCAAACAAUGCUAUAUAUGCCUAUGGUGAUUGUUACAAAGAAAAGAUAUUUCAGUCAUCAAAAAAAAAAGAAAAGGAGCAUGGAAGGAGGCUGGGUUUGCAGGACAUGCCAACUUCCGAACUUCAAUUGGAGAACAAAAUGCCAGAGGUGCAGUGGGCCAUUUGGUAGGGAAAACACCUGUGCUCCUGGGCCUCGGAUCCGGGCCUAUAGGCCUGGAGACUGGUUUUGUGAUGCUGGGCUCUGUCGGGCCCACAACUUUGCUACCAGGCAAUAUUGCUUCAGAUGUGGCAUAAUCAAAAGCAUUCCGUUUUAUAAUGGCAGUGCUGGAUACCGUAACCCUGUUUUUCCUCCAGUAAGUUUUAAUUUCCUUGGUCAAAGUCAAAGGGUUGCAAAAAUCAGUCGGCGAGGGUGGACGGCUGGAGACUGGUUUUGUCUACGCCCUUACUGCAAUGCGCACAAUUAUGGUACCCGAGUGCAAUGCUACAAGUGCAAGGCGCCGAAGGAUUUGGUUUCAACCAACUUGGUUGCAUCUGGAUUGCAGAAUCCAUGAAGCUGGAGGAGAGAGACGAAUUUUACCCUUAUGGUUUGCAGUGUUGUCUUUUGUUUUGUUUUGUUUUGUUUUGUGGAUGGUAAUGGAGUUUGGAUCUGUUAAGAAGUUUGGAUGACUUAUGAAGGACAUAACCUUAACUUUUUUCUUGAGAAUAAACAUGGAGUUUUAAGAA